UAUGUCCAGAAUGACUCCCCUUCCAGUAAAUCUUUGGCUGGCCUUGUGGUCCAGCUGCUGCAGUUCCAAGAGGAUGCGUUUGGACGGAGGGUUAACAAUCCUCCUCUUACCAAGCUACCUGCCAAGUGUUUUCUGGAUUUUAAGGCGGGCGGUGCUCUCUGUCACAUUUUGGGAUCAGUUUACAAAUUUAAAAGCGAGCAGGGCUGGCGAAGGUUCGACCUACAGAAUCCCUCUCGGAUGGACAGGAAUGUAGAAAUGUUCCUAAAUGUUGAGAAGAACCUGGUCCAGAAUAACUGCUUGACUCGGCCCCUCGUCUACCUGUCACCGGAAAUUGAGCAGAAACAAGCGAGUAAGCUCAAAGACAUCAUCAAAAGGCACCAGGGCUCCAUCACUGAGGAUAAGUCAAAGGCCACUCACAUCAUUUACUCAUCUCUGACUCAGCAGGAAGAAGAGGAGUGGUUACGUCCUGUCAUGAGGAAAGACAAGCAGGUUCUUGUUCACUGGGGCUUCUACCCAGACAGCUAUGACACCUGGGUGUCGACUAGUGAGGUGGACGGUGACGUGGAAGAUCCUCUCAGCACCGACCGACCCUGGAAGGUUCAUGCCAAGUGGGUUCAAGACACGGAUGCCUUCAAUGAAUGGAUGAAUGAGGAAGACUAUGAGGUGGAUGAGAACAAGAAGCCAGUCAGCUUCCGACAGAGGAUCUUCCCCAAAGAGGAAGAGUCUUCCCGUACACCCGAUCGCAAGGAGCGCAAGUCAAACUCUGCCGGCAAGAAGAGGAGACGCUCGCCCUCGCCACCCAGCACUCCCGCGGAGUCCCGUAAGAAGGGAGGAAAGAGGGGGAGCUCGGGGCCACACUGGAAGCGACGAGGCCACAGAGGAGAAGAGGAGGACACAGAGGAGGACAUGACGAAGGACUUGGACGACUCCUCUGCUGGUGCCAGCAUGGAGGACGGCUGCGUGUCCAAAAAUACAAACUCUAAAAAAGAUAGCGAGAACACUCCAGUCAAAGGAGGGAAUGUGGCAGACUUAGAUGACAUGGAAGAUGAUUCUGUGCUGUCUGGUGGAAAGGAUGAUGAAGAACAAGGCAAAGGAGAAGUGAACCGUCUGGAUGCCAGUGAGGACAAUGUUACUGAACAAACACACCACAUCAUCAUCCCAAGUUAUGCCGCCUGGUUUGAUUACAACAGCAUCCAUCAGAUUGAGAGAAGAGCCUUGCCUGAGUUCUUCAAUGGGAAAAACAAGUCCAAAACUCCAGAAAUAUAUUUGGCCUACCGUAAUUUCAUGAUUGACACAUAUCGGCUGAACCCUCAGGAGUACCUCACCUCCACUUCCUGCCGCAGAAACCUGACCGGGGACGUCUGCGCCAUUAUGAGAGUUCAUGCAUUCCUGGAGCAGUGGGGUUUGGUAAACUACCAGGUGGAUGCUGAGAGUCGCCCACUGCCUAUGGGACCCCCACCCACACCCCACUUCACUGUCCUGGCUGAUACCCCAUCUGGCCUCAUGCCCCUCAACCACCGACCCCCACAGAUUCCUCCUCCGCAGCCGAUGCCCAACUUUGCAGAUAAAAGCAAAGACAAACCAAUUGAUUUGCAAAACUUCGGCCUCCGGCCCGACCUUUACAAGAAGAACGCUAAGCCGGGGAAAGGAGCCAGCACCACCAGAGACUGGACGGAGCAGGAGACUCUGCUGCUGCUGGAGGCCCUGGAGAUGUUCAAAGACGAUUGGAACAAAGUAUCGGAGCACGUCGGUUCACGCACCCAAGAUGAAUGCAUCCUGCACUUCCUUCGGCUGCCCAUAGAAGACCCUUAUCUUGAGAGCACCGAGACCUCUAUGGGCCCUUUGGCCUACCAGCCCAUCCCCUUCAGCCAGUCUGGAAACCCUGUCAUGAGCACAGUAGCYUUCCUGGCCUCUGUUGUAGACCCCAGAGUGGCUUCUGCUGCUGCCAAGGCAGCCUUAGAGGAGUUCUCUCGCGUGCGUGAGGAGGUGCCGGCCGAGUUGGUGGAAGCCCACGUGAAGAAGGUGCAGGAGGCGGCRAGGAGCACGGGCAAGGUUGACCCGACGUUUGGCCUGGAGAGCAGUGGCAUUGCUGGAACUGCGCCCGAAGAACCGGAAAAGACCGAAGCUACAGAACCAGAAAAGAUGGAUACAGAUACAGACUCCCAGCAGGCUGAUAAGGCUGAGUUGAAAGAUGAGGCAGAGAAACCCAGUGAGUCUGCAGAGAAGAGCGACAAGACMGAGACAACCGAAAAGGUGAAGAAGGAGGGAGGGGAGACAUCAGAGCGUGAAGAAGAGAAUGAAGAAGAGGAGGAGGCUAAAGUAGCUUCUGCAGACAAGGAUAAGGAGGAAUCUAUGCAAAUCUCUUCAGAGCCAGAGAAGGAGAAUGAAGAAAAGGCAGCUACAGAAGAAGGAGAGGACAAGAAGAAGAAGCUGGAGCAUGAUAUUGGAGAGGGGAACAUUGCCACUGCGGCUGCCGCUGCUCUGGCAUCUGCUGCCACCAAGGCCAAGCACUUGGCUGCAGUUGAAGAAAGGAAGAUCAAGUCUCUGGUUGCUCUGCUGGUGGAAACUCAGAUGAAGAAGCUGGAGAUCAAGCUGAGGCACUUUGAGGAACUUGAGACCAUCAUGGACCGUGAGAAGGAAGCCUUGGAACUUCAGCGGCAGCAGCUCCUCACCGAGCGACAAGCUUUCCACAUGGAGCAGCUGAAAUACGC